AUGCGCGAAAUCGUCCACGUCCAGGCCGGCCAAUGCGGUAACCAGAUCGGCACGAAGUUCUGGGAGGUCAUCUCGGACGAGCACGGCAUCCAGCCCGACGGACAGUACCAGGGCGAGUCCGAGCUGCAGCGCGAGCGCCUGGAUGUCUACUACAACGAGGCCAACGGCAACAAGUAUGUCCCGCGCGCCGUCUUGGUCGACCUCGAGCCAGGCACGAUGGAUUCCGUCCGCGCCGGGCCCUACGGGCAGCUCUUCCGCCCCGACAACUUCGUCUUCGGCCAGUCCGGUGCCGGCAACAACUGGGCCAAGGGCCACUACACCGAAGGAGCUGAACUCGUCGACCAGGUGCUCGAUGUUGUGCGCAAGGAGGCUGAGGGCUGCGACUGUCUCCAGGGCUUCCAGCUGACUCACUCCCUCGGAGGAGGAACCGGAUCCGGAAUGGGCACCCUGCUCAUCUCCAAGAUCCGUGAGGAGUACCCGGACAGGAUCAUGGCCUCGUUCUCGGUUGUCUCCGACACCGUCGUUGAGCCUUACAACGCUACGCUGUCUGUGCACCAGCUCGUCGAGAACACCGACGAGACCUUCUGCAUCGACAACGAGGCUCUCUACGACAUCUGCCACCGCACCCUGAAGCUGACCAAUCCUGCCUAUGGGGAUCUCAACCACUUGGUCUCACUGACGAUGUCGGGCGUCACUACUUGUCUGCGCUUCCCCGGCCAACUCAACGCUGAUCUCCGCAAGCUGGCCGUCAACAUGGUUCCGUUCCCGCGUCUCCACUUCUUCAUGACUGGCUUCGCUCCUUUGUCCGCCAAGGGCACCGCGCAGUACAAGGCCAUGACUGUCUCUGAGCUCACGCAGCAGAUGUUUGACGCUAAGAACAUGAUGGCUGCCUGCGAUCCGCGACAUGGGCGUUACCUGACCGUCGCCGCAAUGUUCCGCGGCAAGAUGAGCAUGCGCGAGGUGGACGACCAGAUGCACUCUGUGCAGAACAAGAACUCGUCAUACUUUGUCGAAUGGAUCCCCAACAACGUCAAGACUGCCGUGUGCGACAUCCCGCCACGUGGACUGAAGAUGGCCGCGACCUUCGUUGGCAACUCCACCGCCAUCCAGGAGCUCUUCAAGCGCAUCAGCGAGCAAUUCACAGCCAUGUUCCGUCGCAAGGCCUUCCUCCAUUGGUACACGGGCGAGGGCAUGGACGAGAUGGAGUUCACCGAGGCGGAGUCGAACAUGAACGAUCUCGUCUCCGAAUACCAGCAAUACCAAGAGGCCACCGCCGACGACGAAGGCGAGCCGUUGAGCGCGAUGCUGCGUCGUUCGGGAAGGAUCGACUGGGUUUUGAAGGCGUGCACUCGCGGCGGCUCUUCGUAUGAGCGGCUUCCGAUUGACGCAAAAUGGGCGGCAAUCGCUUCGAAGGCGAUGAAGGGGAAAGACGCGAAUACCCUGAUGUACAACACGCCCGAGGGGAUCCCGAUCAAGCCGUUGUAUACGGCCACCGACCGAAAGUGCGAUCAGGGAAAGGAGAAUGAGCUUCCCGGAACAUUUCCGUUCACCCGAGGGCCCUACCCGACAAUGUACACGCAGCGCCCGUGGACCAUCAGACAAUACGCCGGAUUUUCGACUGUAGAAGAAUCCAACAAAUUCUACAAGGACAACAUCAAGGCCGGCCAGCAGGGGCUUUCCGUCGCCUUCGAUUUGGCCACCCAUCGAGGAUAUGAUUCCGACAACCCGCGUGUAUUUGGUGAUGUCGGCAUGGCGGGCGUGGCCGUGGAUACUGUUGAGGACAUGAAGCAGCUCUUUGACGGGAUCCCGCUUGACAAGAUGAGUGUCUCGAUGACGAUGAACGGGGCCGUCAUCCCGGUGCUGGCGAUGUUUAUUGUAGCAGGAGAAGAGCAGGGCGUGCCGAAGAAGCUGCUUUCCGGCACCAUCCAAAACGACAUCCUCAAGGAAUUUAUGGUCCGCAACACCUACAUCUACCCGCCCGAGCCCUCGAUGCGGCUGAUCGGCGACAUUUUUGCCUACACCAGCGCCCACAUGCCGAAAUUCAACUCGAUUUCGAUUUCGGGAUACCAUAUGCAGGAAGCCGGAGCCGACGCCGUCCUCGAAAUGGCCUUCACAAUUGCCGACGGGCUAGAGUACUGCGCGACGGGGCUGAAGGCCGGGCUGGAGAUUGACAAGUUCGCCCCGCGACUCUCCUUCUUCUGGGGCAUUUCGAUGAAUUUCUACAUGGAGAUCGCCAAGAUGCGCGCGGCCCGUCGGCUUUGGGCGCACCUCGUCAAGGAGCGCUUCUCCCCGAAGGACGCCAAGUCGAUGAUGCUGCGCACGCACUCGCAGACGUCUGGGUGGUCGCUGACCGAGCAGGACCCCUACAACAACAUCAUCCGCACGUGCGUCGAAGCCAUGGCCUCCGUGUUCGGCGGCACGCAGUCGCUGCACACCAAUUCGUUUGACGAGGCGCUCGGCUUGCCCACCCCGUUCUCGGCCCGAAUCGCGCGCAACACACAAAUCAUCAUCCAGGAAGAGAGCGGCAUUUGUAAGGUGGCAGAUCCCUGGGGCGGCUCUUACAUGAUGGAGUCGCUGACCGACGAGAUGUACGAGGCCGCGCUGAAGAUUAUCAAGGAGAUCGACGAGCUGGGCGGGAUGGCCAAGGCAGUGGCCAGCGGCAUGACGAAGCUGCGCAUCGAGGAGGCCGCUGCCCGAAAACAGGCCCGCAUCGACGCCGGAAAGGACGUGAUCGUCGGCGUCAACAAGUACCGGCUGGAGAAGGAAUCCCCGAUCGAAGUGCUGCAAAUCGACAACAAGAAGGUGCGCGAGUCGCAGAUCGCCAAAAUCCAGCACAUCCGCGCCACCAGGGACAAGGCGGCCGCCGAGGGGGCGCUGAAGCAGAUUGAGGAGUUUUCCGGCGGCAAGGGCAACCUGCUCGAGGCGGCCGUGGCGGCGGCGAAGGCGCGCUGCACGGUGGGCGAGAUUUCGGACGCGAUGGAGAAGGUGUUCAACCGACACACGGCCGUCAACCGGCUCGUCUCCGGCGCGUACAAGAACGAAUUUGGCGAGACCAGCGAGAUCAACGGGGUGCUCGAACGCGUCACGCAAUACGCCCAAAAAGAGGGCCGUCAACCGCGAAUCAUGGUGGCCAAGAUGGGCCAAGACGGGCACGACCGCGGCGCCAAGGUCAUCGCCACCGGAUUCGCCGACCUCGGCUUCGACGUCGACGUGGGCCCUCUUUUCCAAACACCAGCAGAAGCCGCACAACAGGCCGUCGACGCCGACGUGCACGUCAUCGGCGCCUCGUCACUUGCCGCCGGCCACUUGACGCUCGUGCCGCAGCUGGUCGACGAGCUGAAGAAGCUCGGUAGAGAGGACAUCCUCGUUGUCGCCGGCGGCGUCAUCCCGCCCCAAGAUUACGACGCGCUGCACAAGGCCGGCGUGGCGCUGAUCUUUGGCCCGGGCACGCGGCUUCCCGUUUGCGCGAAUAAUAUCCUCGAGAAGCUCGAAGCGCAGCUGGCCGCAUCAAGCCGAGCC